AUGUAUUUUCCAUUGACAGGAAUAUUCGGCAGCUUCACGUUCUCUGUUCCUGAUAAUUCUCCUUAUGGUAAAUACAGUCAACGAGUGGCUACGGAAUUAUGCAAAGCGUCUCAUGCCGAAGACAAGACGUCAGAAGUCAAGUCUGCAAUGAUAACACUCGCAAAGUGUUUGAACGACGUGACCAAUAUUGAAAUGUUCUUGUAUGAAAUAGAAAAAGCGAUGAAAAGCGGAGUAUAUGACAAAGUAAUUCAAAAGUUCUGUUCUAAAGCUCCGCAGAUAAAGGAAUGUGUCAGCGACCUGGUCGUAGGAAUGACUGCAUGCCUGCCGGCCGGAUUUGACCGCACUGCGGUGAAGAGCACCGACACUCUGAUCGACUUCGUUUGCGACAAUAAUGGAGCCAGGAUAACCAGUAAGUACAUACAUACCGAGCUCUAG